ACAUUUUUCUUAUGAAUGGCCAUUUUACUAUAGUGCGUAUUUUGUGUUUGAGUUGUGCAUCUUUACAAAUCAUUAUUUUUGUGCUAUUUGCCCUAAGUUUGUUAGUGGUACUGAACUGUUACCUUCUGAACAAUGGUGAGAUCGUGUUAUGUGUGCAAGAUAAACAGCAAUAAUCCAGAAUCGGCUAAUUUAUCAUUCCAUCGACUCCCAUCUGACCCAGCGAAGCACAUAAUAUGGAUUUCACUGCUUGGCAUUGACAGGGAGAAAACGUUGCCGAAAUUGACACUGAUAUACAGCAAACAUUUUUAUGACAAGGACUUCGAAAAUGAUAUUGCUGGAAGAAAGCUUUUGAAGGAUGGUGCUUACCCAGUAGAUGUUCGCUCCAUAUAUGAUGAACAGAAGUAUGCAAGGAAUCAAGCUCAGAAGCCCAUAGCAGUCAAGGGAGCCCUGUCUGAAAGCGAUUGAGAAUGGAAGAAUUAGCUAUACCACGGCCUUCUCAUGUGGUCUCAAAUCCCAUUCCUUUUCCUGAUGAAGCUUCUAAGAUGGUAGAGCCUCUAGAAAUUGAGCAAUCAUUCACAUCAUGUAGUACUGCAACAGCUUCUGAGACAACACGAUUGGCAAUUGGUGGAAAUGAAACCAUACAAAAAGUCAAACCGCCAUGUAAGAGAAGGCUAAAACGUUAUGUUGGAGAUUUAUCUAGCGAUGACUUUUCCACUCCCAGAAAAGCAAAGUCUAAUUAUCAGUUGAUGAAAACUUCCCUGAUGAGAUUGAGAAAAAAAGUAAAAAGUCUCCAAACAAGUGUUGGUGCUUUGCGGAGAAGAAUAAAAACUCUAAGCGGUUUAUUGAAACUUUUGAAGCAGAAGAUGCACGUUACAGAUUUAGCUGAAACUGUAUUGAAAGUAAGCAGAUUGAUGAAAACUCUGUGUCCCAGAUAUCCGUAUUUAUUUGUUUGGUGCAAUUGAUCAACUUUUUUUCAAUAUAAUAAUUUUCAUCAACUCUUAACAUACCAUAACUGGUCAAAAUACCACUUAAAAUAAUCAUAUCAUCUUAUCACUUUUGCACAUAAAGCUUUAUUAUUUUUUUCUAUUAAUUAUAGCAGUUGAUAUUCUAUUUUUUAUUAGUAUUUUGUUUAUUUUGACCAAUACUUGUUACAGACAGUAGACAUAUUGUCAUCUACCACAGCAGGUCAUUAGACUGGUUAUGGUAGAUUCAGAAUUAAGUAUGAGUAUGUUCAGUGUCAAUAUCUUAGUUUCAAUAAGAAUAUCAAAUACCUCUUAGAUAUCCUAUUUAAUAGUACUAUGCAAACAAUAUCACCACAAAUUAUGGGUUAUUUUAAUGAUCACCCUU